AUGACUGGGGCUGGACUCAACACUGUCGAUCUAUCAAUUUUGAACACGUUCCAACAAGCCAUCUUGCUCACUCUUCUUAUCGUGGGGCAUGCGAUCCCUAUUUCAAUCACUGUGCUCCUCGUGAGAAGGAAGGCCUUUGAGACCAAGUUCAAAGGGAUCUCGCACGAAUGGGCGCAGAACAGAAUUUUUCGACGUAUUCGAAGUCUUGAUCCGUCGUCUCAUCGAAGGACAGAUGCAUCAAGUCCCGAUUGGGGGGUUGACCAAAUUAGACGCCCGGAUUCCAAGGGAAGCGCCAAGGUCUCUGAGCCGGUCGAUGGCGAUGCCAUCGAACUAUCGACAAACACAGCAGAUGAUGAUCAUAUCCGAUGGACCGACGAUGACCAGAUCACCCUCAGCCACGUGCGUACCCACCGUCACCGUAAUCACCACCACCUGUUCCACAACGCUGGCGUGGGGGCUCGGUUGGACUUGAAUAACCAUCCGAGUAAUGUCACGCCACAUCUGCCUGUGGUUGAAGAAGAGGAGGAGGAUCUGCCGCCGCUGAAGAGCAUGAUACGUGGAACCCAAAAGUAUUUUGCGUCCAAAGGCUCUGUUGCCAGAAACUCCCAGUUCUAUGGCUUGACGGUGGAAGAGCGAGAAAAGCUUGGCGGGGUUGAGUAUAGAGCCAUCUCAUUCCUGUCGAUCGUCGUCUUCCUUUACUGGGCUCUGUUCCUUGUUCUCGGCAUUGUUGGGAUGGGAACGUGGCUGGAAGUAAACCAUCCUGAUAUUCCCCGCAGGAAUGGGCUAUCACCAUUCUGGACCGGUGCAUUUUUUGCGGUCUCCGCCUUCGUGAACAGCGGCAUGUCUCUUCUGGACGACAACAUGACUGCGCUGCAGACGAGUGCGUACCCAAUUAUCACCAUGGGGAUUCUCAUUCUUGCAGGAAAUACACUGUAUCCAUGUUUUCUGAGGUUCAUUAUAUGGACUAUGCGACAUUUGCUCCCGGGCGACGCUUCCUGGAAGCCGUGGGCGGUAACGUUAGAUUUUAUCUUGGAUCAUCCCAGACGAGUGUACACCAACCUCUUCCCGGCACGUCACACUUGGUAUUUGCUUGGUACUAUCAUAGUCUUGAACGGCCUUGACUGGGCCAUGUUUGAAUUACUGGCCAUUGGGAACAAAGACAUUGAAAAACUACCCCCGGGUUAUCGGGUCCUGGAUGGACUAUUCCAAGCACUCGCCGUUCGUGCUGGUGGUUUCUACGUCGUGACUAUCGCCAACCUUCGCCAGGGCCUUCUUGUUCUAUACGUCCUCAUGAUGUACGUCUCCGCAUAUCCAGUCCUGGUGACGAUGAGAAACACCAACGUGUACGAAGAACGCUCUCUGGGGAUCUACACGCAUGACGACCCGCCAGAGGGCACAGGGUCCCAGAAGACCCCCAGCGUCUUCAUGAGUCUUGUCCGGCACCAUCUCCUCGGGCCCCAACUACAGCAAGGACCCUGUGGCCUAUUCGACCUUCAACAUCAUCUUUGA